GAAGAGAAGAGACAGAAGUCAUGUCCAAAGUGUGGCCAGCUCUCACAUGUCAGAAGUCCUUCCUCAACACUGGGUGACAGAAGAAGAAGAUCUCUGGAACCAACAGAGGAACUUCAGAGAGGAACAGAAUGAUCUAAAACCAACACCGACUAAAGAGGAACUGGAGGAAUCAAAACCAUUGCAGAUUAAAGAGGAGCAGGAGGAACCAGAACCUGCUCACAUUAGAGAGGAACCAAGGCAACUCUGCAUCAGUCAGGAUGAAGAGCAGCUUGAUCUGAAGCAGGAGACUGAAACCUUAAUGGAGAUUCCUACUUUGGAGAAACAUGUUGACAGUGAAGCAGAUGGAAACAAUCAGCAGAGCUUUAAUGGAACUGAUAGUCAGGAUGAAGAAGGAAACCAACAUGAAGAAUCAACAUUAACUCCAGAUGAAGAGACAGAGCCACAGAACAGAGAUCAGAGGAAUAGAAAAGACAGAAGUCAUGUCCAAAGUGUGGCCAGCUCUCACAUGUCAGAAGGUCAGUGUGACUCUGAUGUCAGAAGAAAGUUGAAGAGGAAAACCUCUGUUAAGAAACACAAACAAUCCACAAAAGAAAAGAGACUUUCCUCUGCAGGGUCUGGAAAAAGAACAAGAAAUCCACACAACGUGUCCGUUAACAUGAGAUCUAAGUCUGAUGAACGACCUUAUGUCUGUAAAGAAUGUGACAAAAGUUUUAGUUAUGUAUCUACUUUCAGAAGACACAUGAGAACUCACACAGGAGAGACGCCUUUCUCGUGUAAAGAAUGUGACAAAAGUUUUAGCCAAAAAUAUCAUCUGAAUUUACACAUGAGAACUCAUACAGGAGAGAAGCCAUUCUCAUGUAAAGAAUGUGACAAAAGUUUUAGUGUUAAAUCUAGUCUCAAAGUUCACAUGAUAACUCAUACAGGAGAGAAGCCUUUUUCGUGUAAAGAAUGUGACAGAAGUUUUAGUACUAAAUUUAAUCUCAAAGAACACAUGAAAACUCAUACGGGAGAGAAGCCUUUUUCAUGUGAAGAAUGUGACAGAAGUUUUAGUCAAAAACAUCACCUCAAAAGACACAUGAGAACUCAUUGAGGAGAGAAGCAUUUUUUUGUGUAAAAGAUGUAAUAGAAGUUUUAGUAUUAAAUCUAGUCUCAAAAAACACACAAGAAUUCAUACAGGAGAGACUUUUAUUUUUAAAAGUAAGUGAAACCCACAGUAUAUAACUCUCGAAGAAAAGACAAUAAUGUUUUUACUAGGAACAUUUAAAUAUUGUGAAAAACAUUUUUCCCUAUUUUAAGGGCCAUGCAAAAUAAAAAUUUAAAAAGUGUAUUAUAAUGUUCAUUCUUCACGGUAAACAACACAAAAGUAGUAUUUUGAUCCAU